CCUCUCAAGCGGGACCUCCGUCCAGGUAGCGUUGCCGUGCUUUGUUGCUUUUUACGUCUUUAAGUUAUCCUUCCCACACUCACGAACAUGACUGCCCUACGCUGAGUCUGAAUCCAUAUUGCACUCGCCAUGAACCGCAUCUUUGGCCAAGAAAACGAAGAGCUUAGCGCUUGGUCAGAGGCUCACUACGAACGCCUGAAGAAGAGCUUGCCCUCUGAUUCAUCCUCCACCAGCAAUGACAGCCCAGCCAUUUCCUGGCCACUCGAGCGCCCCAAUGACGGCGAUGCUCCCUUCAACCCCCGUAUCGAAGAUGAAUUGCGGAAGCGACCCCUCCAUAUCAAAGACAACCUCAUGUCGAACCAGGAGAGCGCAGUCGCGAACCUAACUGUGGCCAUGACGGACUUGCUUCCAGGGCGAAAGAGAGCACAAUCAGGCAUUGCAUUGCGCUCGUGGUGCCUGGGACAGAUAUUCAGCCUGUCUUUUUUCUUCGCCUGCUACGCGUUCUACUCUGGUUCGAGGCUUUGGCGUCCUCCCUUUUUCAUGAUGUGCCUCUCACUUUUCCAUUUCCUCGAAUUCUGGACGCACGCAAUGUUUAACCUACCGAACGCUACAAUCUCCGCUUUUCUCCUCUUCGAUAAUGGGUGGCCUUACAUGCUUGCGCAUACUUCAGCCAUGAUUGAAACUAUAAUUACGAGCAUAUAUUUCCCGGAGUGGCAGCAAAAGUGCUCACUCACCUGGCAGGGGUUCCCACUUGGAACAUGGGCUGGUCUGAUGUUGGUAUUUGUCGGACAGACUGUUAGGAGCAUGGCUAUAGCAAAGGCAGGAACGAACUUUAAUCAUCAGGUGCAGCAUAAGAAAAGGGAUACUCACGAGCUAGUGACGGAUGGCAUUUACGGCAUACUAAGACAUCCAAGCUAUUUUGGCUUCUUUUGGUGGGCCGUCGGAUCCCAAAUCGCACUGGGUAAUUCGGUGUGCCUUUGCGUUUAUAUCGUUGUUCUUUGGCGGUUUUUCAACAGGCGUAUUCAUAAUGAAGAGAGACAUUUGAUUGUUUUCUUUGGCAAGGACUACAUCUUCUACCGCACAUAUACAAAGAUUGGCAUACCAUUCAUAUCAUCAUUAGACUAUCCUGAACUGGUCAAGCCAGGUGACGGGACAAAGAAGUCUGAGUAGACGAAGACUCACUACACUUCUUUCCCUUGAAAAACGAGCAUUGAUCCGAGCUUCCACCCUUUAAUCUGUUGGUGCGUUUUUUUUUUCAAGAUAUCAAUCUUGGUUGUCCACGCCCACCCCAAUACCAUCCACAAAGUGCUCAAUCUGCUGGCCUCUCUCCAUGUAAUACGUCUGUAUCUGUCUUCGAUAAUAUGUAUGCUAUUGUGAAAUGGAAUCAGCAUCUUAAAGGACCAGGAUAUUAUACAACGUUGAUACGCACCAGGUCUAGUUUCUCCCUGAGCAUGUUUUGCUCAUCAAUCAUCUUCUUGAUGCUCUCAGGCACGUGAUUGC